AUGGCACAGGUCAACAGAUGUCUGAAACAGCUGUUCUUUGGAUUCAACAUGUUGUUAGGGGUAAGCAAUAUUAAGAUGAGAUAACCUCCAUUUUUUGGGGGGGGUUCAUUAAGUGUACCUGUUGUUGGUUUAUUCAUAGAUAUUUCUGCCUGUUUGUCUUUCAACCUCUUCAUUUAUUUUUGAUUUUUUAUAAAGUAGUUCUUCAUUUUAGCUCUGUUGUUUGACUACUUCUGUUAUCUUUGUUUCUAACUCUUCUUUAUGCAUUGGUUCAUGCAUUCUAAAAAUUGUGACACGGUUUUCCCCGGUGUUUAGAUUGCAGGUUGUGUCCUAUUGGUUUUGGGAACGACCGCAGCACCACACGAUAAAGAGGUGAAAAUUAUCCUACUAAUUAACAACACAAAACGACAAUGGUAAAACUUAGUUCUGUGAUUCAGCCCCAGUGACAAUGCUUUUGAUCCUUUUUUUCCCCCAGCUUGACCAAGGAGAGUCAACUGGCUUGGCAUGGAUUGUAUCAACUGCAGUUGUUUCUGUGCUACUCUCUUUACUUGGAGCAUGUGGUGCAUACAAAGAGAACAUUGCGUUACUGAAAGUGGUAAAUACUUGAAACUCAUUCACACAGUACAAGCCAGUACAAAACAUCACAUUAUUAAUAAUCAUUAUUAACCAUAUAGUGUUUCUAAAAUACAAAUACAAAAUUCAACUUUUCCUGCGAGAGACGAUAAUAUGGUUGCAUGGUAACAUUAUAUGCAAAAUAUAAUAUAAUAACAUUUUAAAGCAAUGAAUUAAAAACAAAACUGUAUCAUUAUGUAUGAUUUAGUAAUUGUUGGUUUCCCAAAAAUUUGUAUUUUGUUUUCAGUUCGUUGGAAUAAUGGGCUUUGGAAUAAUCGUCUUUCUUAUUGUUGGAUUUAACGUGGCUCGUUCAAUGCCUGAGGUAAACUUUUUCUUUAGAUAUUUAAAAGUCCUGUGAAAAAAAAAUUCUUAAUUUGUCAAUAGUCGCAUUAGACUUUGUAAGAAAAUGCAUCGCUUUUAAGUCGAUAUCAAUCACUUACACUGUUUAUCUUAAACUAAGCUGUUAAACAGAAGGGUUUGAACGUUCUGUAGACACAAGCUAUUGAUAUAUAUUUUUUCCCAGUCAAUAUUUUGUACCUUUACUUUGUGGCUUAAUUAACACUUUAAAUAAAAUAAAAAAGGCAUCUUAAAAUUGUUGAAUCCUCUGAAAACGUUUUUUUUCUUCUCAUAAUUUAAAGGCCAUGCAAAUGAUUAAAGAAAACCUCCCUGCAGCUACAUCAGCAAUGAUGGCUGAUGAAGAGCACCGACAAACGAUCAUGGCUCUACAAGCAGAAGUACUGUAGAAGUCUACAUAUUGUCCACAAUUAUUAAUAUUCAUAAAUAGGUUGCAAAAUUGGAAUAUCUUUCCCUAAAUUCCCAGGUUUUCCUGAAAUCCUGGUUGGAGGAUUCAGGAUUGCCUGCUUAUUCCCUUCGUAAUCUGGGAAUCUUCCAGCCAGGAUUUCUGGAAACCUGUGAAUUUUGGAAAAGUUACCAGAAUUUUACAACCCGAUUCAUAUAGAAGUCUUUAAUCUGUCAUGAUCAAUUCGUCAGACUAGCAAUGUACUGUGCAUUUUACACAGUUUCUCACCCUGUGUUCACGGUUUCUCACCUUGUGUUCACGGUUUCUCAUCUUGUGUUCACGGUUUCUCAUCUUGUGUUCACGGUUUCUCACCUUGUGUUCACUGACAACUGUGUCUGCUGUUGCAGGCUAAGUGUUGUGGAAUAAUGAGUUACAGAGACUGGGAUAGCAAGAUUCCAGAGACCUGUAAAUGUUCUACUUUCAAAUCAGACCCAUCCCAAUGUAUGGAGGUGCAAACAACUAAAGAUGACGGCAUCUGG